AUGGAGUUUCAACUCGCUGCUGAGCUUAUGCACAACUCAUUCACUCUAAAUGAGAAAGAGUUAGCAAAGAGCUACUCUGAAUCCUUUUAUCACGACGAACCUACUCAAACCGUCUAUGUUCGCCGGGCCUGCCUCCAGUUACAGACCAUAAUAGAUGAGGUGCAAGAAUACAUCAAAGUCCAUAACCAUGACUACCUUUGUAGAUUGGUUCUGUACUGCGAUACUAUCGAGCUCCCUGAGGGCCUGGUUGUUGGAUAUGAUGAUCCAGCUAAACACUUUGAACUGCGAGUCUUCGCACGCAAGGUCCAAUGUCAGAACCCCAGCAACGCUCUCCGCAUGCAUUUUUCGGUAGAUUGCCAGUUGGCCAUCUACACCUAUGCAUUGCAAGAAGGCUUUACCGCCUACUUUUUGUUUCCCGACCGCGAACCUCAGCCGGUGAAAUUGUCUAUUGACGAAGAUAAAUGGGGUAUCCAGAUCAACUGGGAUGAGUCAGAGUUUCAUAUUGAGCAGCAAGAUUCCAGGGACCUGGACAUGACCACCGCCGACUACCUGAGCCGAAUCAAAAGCGAUGGAACUCUGGAAAAGAGAAGUUUCGUCAGAGACAACGACAAUCUCCCCAGACUUGUUGCCUACCAGUUCCUUGUUGCUGCCACCGUCAUACGAACCAAACCAAAGCUUGCUCUCGACAUCUUGAACUGGGUAUGCAAUCUGAGUGCGUCUGAGAGCAGUGUUGCACUCAACAUCCAGGCUUGUUCUCUGCGCAACAGCUUGGUUCUCUCUCAAGAGAGAAAAGUCUUCAACGUCCCGUCGGUGAAUAUUUACGCAAGCAAGCAAGUCCUCGAGUCAAGACUGGCGGCGAGUAUGGCUUUUGAGCAAGCAUUCCAGAAUUUCGUUGCCCAAGAGCGGGCUUCUACCGCAAUGCUUGGUCAAACCAUGAAUCUCAUUGCCAAAAGCGAGGAUGCCAUGUCUGAGUAUGCGUUCCUUGAAGACGUAUCGCAAAAGGCCUAUCGUUCUGCGCAGUCGGCCAGGGAAUCCGCCUUCCAACGCUAUAACAAGAACAACACAGACCUUAUCCCCCUCCAAAAUGCCUUUAGCAAGGGACUCGACGAUUGGGUUAGGAAAGAAAAGAUUGAAGCAGCCAAAUCUGUCUUUUCAGCUUGUAUCGGGACAAUAGGGGCUAUAGCAGCAACCGUAGCCUCUGGUGGUCUUGCAGCUCCCAUGGUACCUGCUGCUGUAGGCAGUGCUGUGAACGCCGGCAAGAAUAUCGCCAACAUCAUCAACACCAUCAAAGGCGUAGUAGCAACAAUCAAGGGAAUCUACGAGAAACUCCAGCCCAUCUUGGAGAAGCUUCAAACGCUCGCUGAGACUAUUCAGAAUGUGGUGGCAGCCCUCAACGCAAGCCAGACACUGCAGGAGAAAACCGCACUACAACGUCCCGAUAUGAGUCUAGACAUUUUCAACGCCACAGCGCUCUGGGACAUUUUCCGAGAAAAGAUUGACGACAUUGAAAAGACGCUGAGUGGAAUAGACUUCGAGGCCAAGGGAAAGUACUUCUUUGCUCUUAAAACGCUCGUCAUCAAUGGAAAGACGUACCUGCAAACACAGGAAAACCUCUGUCAGCGAGGCAACGAGCUAGCAUUGGUGCUACUGAAGGUGAAGCUCCAGCACAAGGACCAAAAGCGCCUGACACUAUCUGCAACUGCUACAGAGCAACAAGGAGCUGUGCUGGACCUCCUCAAGCGGGCCAUGUUUGAUCGUCUUCUGACAAUUCGAUCUUUGGUCUUUCUUGAUUUCCAGAUUUAUUCGGAGGCUUACAUGUUUCAUGCUUUGACUGAUAGACCUCCAGUACACAUCUCCCCAGUCAAGCCGGUUCCUGACUAUCUAGAAGAUGCUGCAAAGUUUCAGGCUAACAUUGCGACUUUUGGGUCACGAGUCAUGGUGCAGCAGCGUAAAUUCAGCAUUCUGACCUGUGGCGAUGCAGUUGAUGCAGCUGGUUUACAACAGAGGCUUCUCAAGGGUGAUGCUGUGAGUGUUACACUGAGCCCUGAGGAUCCAAUGUUUGCUGGCUUCUCUCGCAUCCGGGUUUCCAAGGCGCGAUGUUAUCUCGAAGGAGCCACAGCAGCUGUGACUCAGAAUGGACCAGUCAAGAAGAACGAUCUGCGUCUGUACCUACGUACGUCUGGGAGAUUCUACGAUAUCAAUCUACCAGGAAGCAGGAAGGAUGCACCUGCUGAGUAUAAUGCUUAUGUUGGAGAUGCUCGCACUUUGCUAUUCGAGUAUAACAUUGAUGAUGGAUCAAUCACAUGUGAUGCAGAAUAUGGGCAACGUCUGGACUACACUCAGCAUAGUCCUUUGACUGAGUGGGCGAUAUCGAUUGCUCCUGGAGGCCUGCAAGCAAAUGAUCUGGACAUGAGCGGCAUUACGGGUUUCCGGAUGGAACUCUGGUGUGAUUUUACAUUGAGAUAA